UCCUAGUUCGAACAAUCCAUUGACGGCGAAAGAUAUUCUAUAAACAAAACGCACGUAAAUAUUUUUGGAAAUGAACACUUUCGUUCAAGUUGGCAAUGAUUCACAAUCGUAGAUAUUGAUAACUAGCAUUUAAUCGAUCUGUGGAUAAAAAGGGCGAGACCGGUUACACGAUGCUGAAAAUCCGUGUAGAAAUUUCUUAAUUCUUCAUGACAUGGGUCCAGCGAGUUUAUUUCUGAUUGUUCAACUUUUUGUACCUGUUUUGUGUGUUUACAAAGAUGUGGUUUUCGUCCUAGACAAAUCUUCCUCCUUGACGAUUACAGACUUCGACGAUUCCUUGCACUUUACACAUGACAUCAUACAGUCGUUAGAAAUUGGAACGUCAGAUGUACUCGCGUCGUUAGUGACGUUUUCGACUGAACAGACAGAAGUGUUCGAUUUAAAGGAUUACACCGAAAAAUCGGAAAUGUUACAAGCGGUUGACAACCUUCUGGGGACGAACACUUCUGGGGAUGGUGAUGUCACAGGUUCUCUUCAAUUUGUGUGGGAUAAUACCUUUCAAACCAGUGGCAGAACUAGUCCAGACCGAGCGGUCAUUCUGGUGACCAGCAGUAUUUCAAACGACACCGCGGAAUCAAUCGCAUUUGCCGACCGCAUUCGCACGGAUUUCAAUGCCGACAUUUUCACCAUUGGUGUUGGUCCUACAGUGUACGCACAGAAUGCCGAGCUGAGAGGGGUGGCCAAUGACCCCGACGCCAAUUUCACCGUCUUUGUAGAAAGCUUCAGUGAUCUCUGGUGUGCUGUUCCCGACAUUGUGGCAAAAUUAGAUCCGUCGUCAUCACUGACGCCAUACUCUAAUUGUACACUGAAGUCACUACCACCUAUAAUAACACAUACAACAGAAAACGUGCCAUCUACAACAUCUACACAACCCACAACAUCUACACAACCCACAACAUCUACACAACCCACAACAUCUACACAACCCACAACAUCUACACCUAUAACAACAUCUACACAACCCACAACAUCUACACAACCCACAACAUCUACACAACCCACAACAUCUACACAACCCACAACAUCUACACCUAUAACAACAUCUACACAACCCACAACAUCUACACAACCCACAACAUCUACACAACCCACAACAUCUACACCUAUAACAACAUCUACACAGCCCACAACAUCUACACAACCCACAACAUCUACACAACCCACAACAACUACACAACCCACAACAUCUACACCUAUAACAACAUCUCCAUCAACAACAUCUCAAUCUACAGCGUCAACAACUACACAAUCAUCCACAACUCAAUCUACAACACUUACAAUUCCAUCUACCACAUCAACACCAACUAUGACAUCAUUACCACAUACAUUAAGUAGUACUUCACCUCUAUCAUCAGAAGAAAUAUCUACAACACCAUCAAUGUCGCCGAAAACAACAACAGUCCAAUCCCCAACAAUAACACAACAGACGCUAUCGGUUUUGGGACCAGCCCAGUCCGCCGCCUCUACCAGUGGUUCAAGUACCAGUAUUGUUGCCGGUGUCGUUAUAGGCAUUCUAGCCGCCGCUGCUGCCGUAUUUGCAUUAUUAGCCAUCUGGAGACGAAGACGUUCUGCAAACGAAGACGAGCUCCCCAUCCUAACUCUCGUAAGACAGUACAGGUCGGCUCCAAUGGGACCCUCUAAAUCGACCUUCUCGCACCAACAUCACCGCUUUUAGAUGAAGAACUGAGACUACAAUAAUGACUUCAAAAUUAAUAUACUAUACAAUAUAGUAUCUGUAUUUAAAAGAAAGGGAAAGAAGAUAUACAAAUUGUCAAAUUGAUACAACAUCCAAGGCUACAUAUUGUAUAUGUACAUGUUAGAUCCUUUAACUCUUUUCAUGUUCUAUUAUGGUGCUAUUUACAAUUCGUACUACUAUACCAAGGUUGGUUUUUUUUUUUUUUUUUGUUUUUUUUUUUGUAGAGAAGGAAGAAUGGUGGUAUGGAGUACAAUUUAUUUCUGUGAAAAUCUUGUUAAGAUCAGUUUUGCUUAAGUGGCAUGCAGGGUAUGACAUGCCCUGGAAGAUAUGGCAACGAAAUAUUGAUAAAUUCCUACUAACAUGUAUUCUCAAAUAAACAUUUCCUGUCCAAUCACAUCAGUUUCGUUCUUUGUUUUGUACAUUUUUUUUCAAAUUCAUAUGUUUUCAAGUACUUAACUAUAUUCUGAAAUAGUAAGUUUCGAUUUUUUCAUUUGGAAUAUACGAGAGCUGUUCGAUAUGUAAUGUGCAUUGUACGAUAUCUCAAAAGCAUUCGACUCAAAUUGUGAAAUGAACAUUACGUCCCUUCAAAGUAUUCUCCGCGGUUUGAAAUACAUAAUUUCAAUCUCUGAAUCCAUUUCUGAAAAGCGUCACGGUACGCUGAUUUAGGUAAACCUCUGUGGCACUGACAGAUGGCUGAGCCAAGGGCUUGUCGGGGCUUGUAACUACGACCAGAUAAGAACUUUUGAAGUUUUUGCAAAAGGAAAAAGUCGCAUGGGGAUAGAUCUGGAGAGUACGGUGGGUGUGGCAAGACGGUAGCCUCUUCCGACUUCAAAAUUUGCUUCACAAGCUCAGCUGUAUGUGAUGGAGCAUUAUCAUGAAGUAGACAAACAUGCCUAAAUUCUGACACAGGGCGUCGCUUAUGAUAAUGAGCUUUUUUAGUAUAACAUCUCGGUAAUACAGUCCUGUAACACUUCUGCCCUUCGGCACCGGAAUUUGUACGGCUAUACCAUCACAUGAGAAGAAUAUGCAAUGAAGAACCUUCUUUGUGCUGAUGGUUCUUUUGGCAACUACAGGCCUUCUACCGUGUUUAGUUAGCCAUAUUUUGUUUCCAAUUUUUCUUACUGGUUCGAUAUAGUGAACCCAUGUUUCAUCACCAGUAACAAUGUUUGCAAAUUGUCUUUGAUUGAAUUUGGGAAACAUUUUGAGCAAUUGCUUAGCGGUUUGUACUUUCAAAAUCCGCUUUAAAAUGAAAUGCACCCGCGAUAGCGAUAUGCCAACAGCUUUGGCAAUAUCACUAAUCGUAUACUAGUAUUUGCCAUUACUUUCAAUUAUUUUCCUGACUUUUGAGACAUUUGCCUUGCCUGUUACAGUCCCAGGUCGGCCAAAUUUUGCUGCAUCUUUCACGGACUCUGUGCCAGUCAGAAAUUUCUUUCUCCACCUACGGAUAACUUGUCAGACCCAUAAACUUCCCCCAGUUCAGUAAAGAUCUGCAUUACCGAAUGACCGAGUUUUGUUUCGAAGUUUUAUAUAAACUCUAAUUUGUUCAAUAUUCUCAACCCGUUUCCCAACCAUUUUUACAACAGUGAUCAACGACUGGCUCUAUUGAAAUGACUAUAAGUUUAAAACUAUUUGGAGCUGAAGGCUCGUGUUUAUACCGUUGGAAAGUUAUUAAAUAGAGCUAUUUCCGAGUAUCAUCAUCCAUGAAAUCGUGCAAAGCGUUAUCGCGCUGUAGUACAGUACACAUUACAUAUCGAACAGCCCUAGUAUACUUUUUGACAAGCAUUAUUAGAAGAUUAAUGAUUUCAUCUUCUCUAGGGAGACCUAGUAUUACUGUACUUGCAUCAUUUUAGUCUUUUCCUAGAUUUUUUCAAAUAUCCAUUUUUCUAAUUGGCAGCAUAAUGGACAGACAUUUGGGCAAUAAAAGAAAACUUGCAGAAUGUUUUCAGUUUCAGUUCGACAUAGAGAACAAAUUAUCAUCUCUGAUUUUUGACAGAAACAAGUACUUGUUUGUACAUAUGAUUCUAUAAAUAUUUCUAAAAUUCAA